AUGUCUUCGAACCCACCACCAGGUGCACCGGCACAGCCGAUCGACCCCGAGUGGGCCGCGGAGAGCAACACUGCCAUGAUCGUCGGCGUUACUGGCGGAUUCCAUGCUCUUGCUUUGCUCUUCGUUGCCCUCCGGGUUUACACUCGCAUGUCGAUUGUCAAAGUUAUGGGAAGAGAUGACUUUGUCAUGGUUGCUUCUGUGGCCUUCCAUGGACUCGGCAAACACACUCUUACCAUCCCCGAAGAUGAUAUGGUCAUCAUGAGGAAAUCGAGUUUCUUCCAGUCCAUCAUUUCCUCUAUUGCAGGACUAGCUCUUCUCAAGGUCUCGAUUGGCCUCUCUCUGUUGCGACUCAGUCGUAGUGUAUGGUACUCUCGGUCGUUGUGGGCAUUGAUCGUGUUUGUAUCAGCCUACAGCAUCAUGGCUUGGAUGACCUUCUUCUUCUAUUGUCAACCUCUGGAGGGAUACUGGAACAAGCUCAUCAAGCCUAAGUGCUACCCAAUCACGCUCUUCAUCAAGUUCGGCCUUAUCAACACGGCUUUCAACAUAUUCACCGACGUUUGUUUCGCAACUCUUCCGGUAACCAUCAUUUGGAGUCUUCAGAUGAAGCUUCGAACCAGAAUCUACCUAGUCAUUGUACUGAGUCUUGGCUAUUUUGCUGUGGCCAUGGGCAUCAUCAAGUCGAUUUACCAGAUUGCUUAUGGGAAAGACAUGGACAAGACUUUUUACCAAAGCAUCCAGUUCUGGGAGUUUCUCCAGCUCAACCUCGGAAUCAUUGCCGCAUGCGCGCCAUCCCUCAAACCUUUGGUCGGCCACGCACUCAAGAUCUCUUCAAGUGAUCGAUAUCAUGGCGAGUUAUACGAGAACCGACGACCGAACGGAACAGACAACUCGAUGCGUCGGCAAGGAUACAGGGUACAUAACAGCCAGGCAGAGUACGAGAUGCAAGAUGGUCCUUUUGCUGGUUCUCCGGAUGCGCAUCGCACCGCUGUUGGUAAUAUUCCCAACGCGGUCUACGAGAAGAAAGAGAGUAGGGGCUCGGGGUCUGGCAGUGAAGAAAUGAUUCUGGGGGGUGGCAAGGGUCAAGGAAUCACACGAACCACUGAGAUUUCGAUACGACGAUGA